GCUCAGCUUUCUCACCUCACAUCACACUGACAUUUCACCCACCGCUGCUGGAGCUUAGAACACAAAGGCAGAAAGAAACAUGAGCAACUCACUGCUGAAGAUGCUGGGCACCUUGAUGUGCGUCCUGGCCGCCUGCGCCGAAGUCUUGCCUGUUAAAGACUUCAACCUGGAGAAGAUGGCGGGCAAGUGGUACAUUGUCGGUUUUGCCACCAACGCUCAGUGGUUUGUGAACCACAAGGCAGGAAUGAAAGUGGGCACUGCCAUAUUUGCACCGACUACUGAAGGAGACCUGGAUCUGUCUUAUGCCAACCUGAAUGCUGAUGGUAGCUGCUGGAGAAUGACUCACCUUGCUCAUAAAACUGAAACUCCUGGACGCUUCACCUUCCACAGCCAGGUUUGGAACAAUGACAACGACAUGCGCAUUGUUGAGGUCCAGUAUGAAGAGUAUGCUGUUGUCCACACCAUCAAGACAAAGGAGGGAGUGUCCGAGGUCCUCAAUAAGCUUUACAGUCGUACUCAGGUGGCCAACGCUAACCUGCGAGAGAGGUUCUCUAAGUUCUCAGAGGAGACCGGCAUCUUGACCGACAACAUCGUUAUCCUGCCUGAAAAUGCUGAAUGUCCACCGGCCUGAGGAGUCCCCCACCUUCCUCUGUCCUUCAUUCUCUCACUGUGACGUCUGCAGCACUUUGCUGCAGUUCCUGCUGCGAACCAAAGAAUCCAUCCGGAUCCUCUUCUCUCAAACUGUAUCAACAGUGGCAUUAGAGAGGAACAAUAAAGACCUGACUAGUGAGACAAUGCAUUUUGUAACUGCUUUUUUUUAAUGCUGUUUUGUCUUUGGAAAUGAACUCCAUUACAAUAAAAUUGAUAAAACAAAAA